ACAUUUCACUUUAUUAUGACAGGAAUGUCAUUUUGCCGCAUUACCAGAAAUAUUUAUGAUGGCAUCUAUUAAUUCUGAAAACAAAACAAAUUCCAAAAACUUAUUUCCAAAAUCUGCUGAUUGUUCAUAUGUGUCUUGCUAUUGCGAGGAGAAUGUAUUCAAACUAUGCGAGGACGUGACGAAGAGGUAUCCGGGAGAGAUACAAAAUUGUUCCGUUGUUUUCGUGUCAAACGCCAGAAGGAAGGUGCCCCUCUGGAAACAGAGGGCUGGUAAGGAUGAAGAGAAGUUAGUUAUCUGGGAUUACCACGUCAUAUUUCUCUACCAUCCAGAACCGCAGAAAUGCCUAGUCUACGAUCUUGAUUCAGAUCUACCAUUUCCGACAUAUGUCCACAAAUACAUCACAGAAACAUUCCGUACCGAUCAAAUAUUGAAACCAGAUUAUUUUCGAUUUUUCAGGGUGGUUUCAGCCAAAGAAUUCCUCAAUAAUUUUUCAUCGGACAGGAGACACAUGAAGAGACCUGAUGGUAGUUGGAUUAAACCCCCACCAAAUUAUGGACCAAUCACCAAUUCAAAUAAUCCUCAUAACUUAGAAGAAUUCAUUCAAAUGGAGCCAGCAAAAGGACCUGGAGAGGUCCUAAGUUUGACUCAGUUUGUUCAAAAAUUCUACAAACCUGCUACAUAAAUGAGAAAAUGUGCAGUUGAAGAAUAAAGUCAAUUGAAUAAAAUGAACUUGAGUCUUUGGGGAUAUUAAAAGCCUUUUCUUCUGGCCAUUGCCCUCUGAAAACUUGGCAUGCAACGACAAAGAUAUACGAUAUACUUCAUAUUAUCCAGCCAUCCAAGGAAUUCUUUAUAAUGAAUACUGUAUCAUCUUUUUGUGAUAGUAUUUUACUAGAAUUGAUAUUCAAUUCACAACUCAGGAUUUGCUUACAAAUAAUAAUGUUGCAUUUGUAUAUUCAGUGCACUCUAUCCAUCUAUUCUAAAAUAUACCUACAAAAUAUUCAUGAGAAUAACGUUUUUUUCAAUCAUUUUCACUGUUGCACAUAAGAUCUCAGCCUAAAAUGUUUAUAAAGUAUGUAAUACAACUCGACCUAAUAUUUUAAUAUUGAUAUGAUUUUAUAACUAUGCAAAAUAUUUCAUAUUUCAUUUCACUUUUUGAUGGACAUCUUAUGAAAGUUUUUAUCUGAAGUGCCCAAACAGUUAUAACUAUUACGAUUCCGAUUUUCAUCAUGUAGUGUUUGAAUUAUUACUUUUUUCAAUAAACUAUAUUAAGCUCUUGAUCAUUAAUUAAAA